UCACUUGCUCUGCCCGGCCGAAACGUAUCCGGUCACCUUUUUUCUAUGAUUGGGAAGCUCAGCCGAUUGGAGGAGCUGGACAUUUCGAGCAACAGAUUAUACGGAAGUGUUCCUCCUGAAUUGGGAAACUGCACCCGCCUUCAGCACCUUAAUCUCUCUCACAACAUUUUCAGUGGUGUUAUCCCAUCGAGUCUCCUCAAUUGUAGCCUACUGUAUUUUCUUGACCUCAGCUCAAACAAUAUAUCUGGUUCCAUUCCUCCGGAGCUUGACAAGCUGUCAAAUCUAUCCGAGCUUCAUUUAUCUUAUAACAAUCUCACUGGAGCAGUUCCUGCCUCUCUUGGUAAGCUUGGAAAUCUUCAUGUUUUAAGUCUAGGGCACGGUAACCACUUUGCGAGCUCCUUACCAUCUGAAAUUGGGAACUGCUCAAAGCUUAGGUAUAUAAACUUUGCCUCCUCUAAUCUGAGAGGCACAAUCCCAUGGGAAAUAGGCAAAUUGUCAAGGCUGCAAGAGUUAGAUCUCUCUGAGAACCAAUUGAAUGGUCAGUUGCCUGCCUCCCUCGGAACUGUCAGCGAUCUGCGGAUUCUGGAUGCCUGUGACAAUCGACUAAGCGGAGAAUAUCCUCCUGAAAUAUGUAGGGCAAAGCAACUUACUCUAUUGUGUCUUUGUAACAAUUCCCUAGUAGGAAAUAUCUCGUUGCUUUUGAAGGAUUGUAUCUCAUUGAGAAGAGUUCGGCUUGAAAAUAACCACUUCACAGGUCUCAUUCCUUCAGAAAUCUCAAAAGUGUCUGGUCUGGUUUACCUGGAACUGUCCUUCAACAGACUUCAUGGAGAGAUACCUGCCGAGGUAGGCCAACUCAACAACCUCACUGCUCUCUUUCUCGGUGGAAAUCAUUUAAAUGGAAGUAUUCCUCGUCAAAUUGGGGAUCUCACAAACCUGGUCAGGCUCAAUUUGAGCAGCAAUAAUUUCAGCGGAAAUAUUCCUCCCCAAGUCGGCAGACUCGUGAAUUUAGAAAAACUAGAUCUCAGUCGGAACUCAAUUGAAGGUGCUAUUCCUCGACAUCUCGGCAUCAAUUUUUCUUCCUUGUCCAUCUUAAAAUUAAGUUCCAACAAUUUAAGUGGAACUAUUCCGACCUCUCUGGGCGAUUGCUCAAGUUUGAUAGAGUUAGACAUGUCUCGAAACCGACUUGAGGGAUCGAUUCCCAGGGAAAUAGGAAAACUUGUGAAUCUGCAAACAGGGCUGGAUCUCAGUUGGAACAGGCUAUCUGGUUCUCUUCCACCGGCUAUUGGAAAUCUGCUGGUGCUUGAGUCAUUAGACGUCUCAUUCAACCAACUAUCUGGUAAGAUUCCACCUGCUUUCUCAGGCUUGAAACUUCUUUCUAAAUUCAAUUUUUCCUUCAAUCGAUUCGCGGGCCGAAUUCCUCCUCUGAAAGCUUUCUCCGAGGGCGCCGCAAGCGCCUUUUAUGGGAACGAUGCUCUGUGCGGACCACCCACUUCCAAUUCCUGCGUGGAAAGUAAUAGUAGUGAUAGUACUAGUAAUAACAAGAGCUUGGGGACUGGCAGCAUAGUUGGAAUUGUUAUUGCCGGGUUGGCUACUGUUAUGAUUGUAAUAAUAGGUCUUGUGUAUUACCGGAGCAAGGUAACUGCACAAGAUGAAGAAUUGAACGAAGAGGAGGACACAGUUAAUGGAUCAUUCACCAAAGUGGAGGUGGAUAUUCCCGGAGGUUAUAGACACAGGAUUGCUUAUCAAGAAAUUUUGAACGCCACGGAAGAAUUCAGUGAUAAUUUUCUAAUUGGCUCUGGUAGCUUCGGCAGAGUGUACAAAGUUCUUCUGACGCAAGCCGAGAAUAGUCUGGCAAUCGCUGCGAAGGUCUUAAGACUGCAGGAAGAAGGGAAAAGAAGUUUGAUGCGUGAAAUAGAAGCUCUGAAGUUCGUGCGCCAUAGAAACAUUGUGCGACUUCUUGGGUUCGUGUAUGGGGGCAGCAUGAACAUGGAUAUUCUGCUCUUCGAAUACAUGGCAAAAGGUUCUUUGCGGGAGGCACUAAAAUCACAAAGGCUGGGGUGGAAGAUUCGACUGAAUAUAGCUCUGGGAGUGGCGCAGGCUAUGAAAUAUUUGCACCACGACUGCACACCUCCAAUCAUACACCGUGACCUUAAAUCGACCAACAUUUUGCUGGACGAUGAGUACGUAGCACAUGUGGCUGACUUCGGCCUUGCAAAAUUGAUCUAUCCAGAAGUUCAAAGCAGUAGCUCCUCCGUUUAUGUUGGGAGUCAUGGCUAUAUGGCUCCAGAAUGGGGCUACGGAGGAAAACCUUCCCCGAAGCAAGAUGUGUUCAGUUUUGGAGUUGUGCUGCUCGAAUUGGCUACUGGAAAAGCAGCCAUCGUGGAUGAGGAAGGAGGAGAAAGCAGAGGUCUGGCUGAAUGGGCUGGUAUGGUGAGAAAGAAAGAUUGCCACAUUGUCCAGGGUUUAAUAGAUCCAGAGCUGCUAAAUGAUUAUGAAAAAUUUGGAAAUGAAAUUGAAAAAGUAAUAGAGAUUGCCCUCCUCUGCACUCGACCGUCUCCAAUAGAGAGGCCAUCCAUGCGAAGAGUAGUGGACUCGCUUUCAUCCCCAUCUUCACUGUGUGAAACAAAGAAAGAAACGGGGAAGGAUAUCAAUAUUUUGAAAGCUGUCGUUUUUCUCGAGCCUGGAAUCUUCCAGAUAUCGGAAAGUCAUAGUGAUGAAAUUUUCACAGAGUACUCUGACAAUAUAUAUGAGGGGAAGAUGGGUGUAAAAGAGAAGACUGCGUGGCGUGCUGACUGUGUAUUCCGUACUGUACGGAAAAUGCUGACUGUGCAAGCUGAUUCGGCUGUUGAUGUGGCGUCCGUACUGAUGACUGUGUGUACAGUUUUCUGUGUGGAAAUGUACGGAAGCGAUGACGUGUCAGGUUUAACCCACGGGCCAGUGGCCGCUUGCCACGUGGCGGGCGCGGGUGUCUCCGAACAGGUUGCUGCGUGGUGGGUGAGCUGGCUGAACCGGGAGCGGAAGUCGGCGCCGGAGAGGAGAUCCGGGCCGAGGAGCAGGGGACGGAGGCCCUCGGUGCUGGCUGCGAUGGCGGGAAGCAGACGAGGGGCGCCGAGGAUGCGGCGGAGAAAGCUGCGGGGGCCACGCGCGGGAGACGGCGGUGGCGGUGGACGCUGCGGGCUCGGAGCGGCGCGGCGGCGUUGGAGGCAGCGCUACGGAAAGCACGCGCAGGAAACAGUGUUGGUGUCGUGCGGACGGAGCCGAGAGUCGGGCGCCGACGGGCUACACGGCGCGGCUGCCGACGUCUGCACAGACGACGGGACGCGCUGUGACGUGACAGGUACGUUCUGUGUAGGGGCAGAGUACGGGUGUCGGCUCUGCAGACCUGCAGAAUGGGUCACGCGGGGGUAUGGUCUCCGCAGACCUCCCAAAAAACAGGUUUACUUCUUCACAUACACGCCUGACAGGGCAGUUGCAGCGAUAUCUUACAAAAUUCCUCGAUUGUUCUAUUCGAUGUCCAUACCCUGUUACAAAGCUACCAUUUUCGCACCGGCUGGGAGGAUGUUGGCAAAGUUUUAA